AGGGAAAUGUACGAAGCCAUGUGAGUAUAUAUUAAUAUUAUCAGUAAUUUAAACUUUACUUAAAAGAGCCUAAUAUUAGCAUGGGAAUAUACAUAUAUGCAGAUUUGUAUCAUGUCAUUAUGUACAUGUACCUCCCUAAACCUUCCUGACUCGAAUUUAAGCUACAAGGUCGAGUGAAGUGAAUGAACUUUUGCUUUCAUUUUGGAAAUGUAGUCAACAGAGAUUGCGGAAGUCUCAACGGAAGUUGACACACAAUUAAACCAACAGAUGACAAAAGCGCAUGCGCGGAAGGAUUGGAAUGCCCCUAUCAUUUUGAAUCGUGAUCCGAGACCAUCAUUUCACGGUACAACCAAAAGAAAGCAAAAGCAAGAAAGAUUUCCUGGCUGCAGUGGAAGUUUCACAAGGAAAUAACCACACAACAGACACGUGAUAUUUUGUAAGAGAACGAAAGGUUGAUACAAGUACGUGGAACUGCAGAGACCAAAAAUGAAAUGAAAAGUCCAUUUUUUUCGUGAGUUACCUGUGUGAUGUAUUUUAAUGAGAUUUUGUUGACAGCGCCAUACAAACGUAUUACCACAAGCACAAUGCUACGGGUGUGCCAUGACAGUUCCCAUGACUGAAGCCCAAGGUCUAGCAUUGGUCACGUGCUUUCCUUUUAUUUUGGAAACCAGACUACUAUACGCAGUCAUUCAAGCGUAAUAACCUGACCAAGUAUAUUUCACUGUACAGAUUUCCAUAGGGUCUCGUUUGCCGCGUGUGCAAAUGUGACCAUGACCACGUAGGCCUAUACCAAUCCAGCACCAGUCCAAAACAGGCACAGAUCUAUUCAGAAUAUUUGGGGUUUGACAAUCUUUAUAACCGCGUAAACAAAGUAGAAUGUUUACCUCUCUUUAUAAACAUUUAUAAAACUUCGGAUACUAAUUCGGGAUUUUAAUGAAGUGACUUCUACAUUGACCCAACGAGACCACCGCUAAGUGUAAUUCGUGGAGGAAACAAACUGACUGAACGGGCGGGUUUGCCAAAAUGCCAAGUACCGAGGAAGUAGCGGAGCUGAUCAAGAAGGACCCCACGGCCGUGGAUGCUUACAUGCCGCUGGUUCUUGAAGCGAUACGAGACGACAAGGACAUAGCGGGGAAGUACGGUGAUCUGAAAGAUGCCGUUGCAGACCAAGUUCUCAAGGAGGUCAAAACCAAGAAUAAUAAGUAUGAGAAACACAUGCUGAAGCUGUGCGAGACGUGUCUGGAGAAACGAGCGACAAAGUACUACCAUCUCGCGAACGACAUGUUUAAAGAGAAACAGAUCAUUAACUGGAAGCAACAUAUCGCCUUGGCUGAAAAGUUGAUUAAAACCUUCGAGGUUCCCGUGGCGUUAGUGAGAAACAAGAACGAUGAUUGGUGGGGAGAGGAACGCGCAGCAAGCGACACAGAGAUGGGCGGGGCUCUGAACGACUGCAUCGAAGCCAUGAUGGAAGGAUUUGACCGAGACAAAAUCUUGAAGAAAGUGAGCAAGUGUAUGGUGGAGGUUCUGGUGAAACUGAGCAAGAUGCCCAACGAGCUUCAGAUUGUUGCAGGACACGCCUUCUCUUCGAGUAGCUGGCACCCACUCAGCUGGGACGGAACCGAGAAGAUGCUGCCGGAACUGUACACCAAUCUGUACGAAUGGAUGACAUCAGGCAACGUGGAUCUCGAGUCUCAAUCUGACGAUAAGUCUCGGUUCAUCGAUGGCAUACUAUCAUCAUCUCUCGAGGGAGCUGGGUCACCAUCAAAAUAUGCAAAGGAAAUCUACAAGAUUUACCAAUAUGUACUGACACAGGAUUUAGACGGCCAACCAUACUCAGGAUACGGGUUGUUAGCGCUAACCAUUAAUUCCGGAUUUGUAACAAAGAAUUGUGGCAACCAGCGACUUAUCAGAGACUUCGUGCCUGGGGUGGUCAAGAUGCUCAAAUGUGACAACGAGCAGCUGAUGAUGACCGCUUCAGCCUGCAUCACAAGCUUCUACCAGCAGGUUGACCUGCUGGCCCCGUGCGCAGAUGACGUCAUGGAAGCCUUUCUUGACGGGAAAAGUGACCUGUUGGGCCUGUGUCUGAAGCCCUUGUAUGGAGUUAGCCCGGAGAAGAUACUGAGUAGAUUUGAUCAGCUUGCUGAGGCAAUGGAAGACAUGAAUCAGACCAACAAGACAUACAUCUACAUGCUGUGGGACGACGUAGCCAAAGACAACGCAAAGUUACUCGUGCCUCACUUGGACCUGAUGAUGGAUGACGUCACAAACGCUCAAAUCUGCCACCAAGUGGUCUUGAUCCUGGGAACCAUGUCGGUCAAGUUCCCGGGUAAGUUUGUAGACAAGAUCGACAAGCUGAUGAGGGUCGCGAAGCAGACACCGUACACCAUCCACGCGGUGUCGAAGAUUGUGGCGAGUGUCGGUCAGAUAAACGAGAAACAAGCCGAACGUUGCAUGAAAAUUCUGGUCGAUAAACUGAAGACCAUCGAGGACACGUGGCUCAGUGUCAUCAUGAUGGAUAUGAAGCGGAUCGGUCGCAAGCACGUGGAAGUGUUGAAAAAGUACCGGGCCGACAUCGAGCCGUUCAUGAAGAGUCAGGCCAUGGGUGUACCCGACAUGGUGCAGAGCUUGAUUGAUUUCAUGGAGGGACGCAGCCUGGAAGCGCUCGCGGAUGACGUGGAAGACGUGAAGGAGGACGUCCAGAACCUCGACGACCGAGUGACUGAAACGGAGGAGAAUGUCGACCGUCUCGACAAGACGGUGACUGAGCAGGGCCAGGAGAUCGACAACGUCAAGAAUGAGGUGACGGAGCAGGGACAACGACUGGGCGACCUGGAGGAGCUGGUUGAUGAUACCAUCGUGAGGGUGGACGAAAUAGACCGCAAAACCAUUACCAAUGCUCCAAAGUGGUCUCGGGACAUCGCCAACCUCCUGAACCCCGAGCACGAGCACGACUGGCGUUUCCUGGCCAUUCGCCUGGGCUUCACCGGCGAGGAUGUCCGUAACUGGGCCCUGUCUCCGGACCCUACCAUGGCCAUCCUGGCCGAGUGGUACACUAUUCAUAAGAGUAGUGAGGCGACUUUUGCCAUCUUGACGGCGCUGCAGGACAUGGGGAGAGACGAUGCUGCGAUCAUCGUGGAGGAAGCGCUACAAGCCGCCGAUAAAGUAGUUCCUAAGGCUGCCCCUGACAUUUCCGAGAAGCCUCCGCGUGUUUUCAUCAGCUACCAGUGGGACCAUCAGCCCGAGGUCAAGGUCAUCAAGGAGCAUCUGGAGAAGGCAGGCUUCAACUGUUGGCUGGACAUUGGUCAGAUGGGAGGCGGGGACAGCCUGUUCGCCAAGAUCAAUGAGGGGAUGAGGGCGGCCAAGGUGGUGCUGUGCAUGUGCACCGAGAAGUACUCCAAGUCUGAAAACUGCAACAAGGAGGUGAAUUUGGCCAACCUGUUGAACAAGCCCAUCAUACCCGUACUGAUCGAGAAGAUAGACUGGCCUCCAUCCGGCUCCAUGAGCAUGCUGUUCGCCCAGCUGCUGUACAUUCAGUUCUUCACUGACAAGGAGUACGUGAGAGGGGAGAAGUUCUGGGAGGAUGCCAAGUUUGCUGAGUUGCUGGGCCAGAUAAGUUAUCACGUGGCCCCCGACGAGGAAAUGAUUACUGAUGAAUAUCGUAACUGGGUCCCACAGAUUGAUGAUCUGCCGAAAGUUGUCAAGAAAGCGAACGAGAAGAAGUCCACAGACGACAACACAAAGUCUGAAAAGGCAACAGAUCAGGCCCAAGAGAUCAUUCCCCAAGUGUUCAUCUCGUACCAAUGGGACAAGCAGACGGAGAUCAAGACGCUGUACUCCAGACUGACUUCGCUCGGGUUCAGUUGCUGGCUGGAUAUCAUGCAAAUGGGAGGCGGUGACCCGCUCUACUCCAAGAUUGACAAAGGCAUUAGAAAUGCCAAGGUUGUGGUCUCCAUUGUGACCCCCAAGUACGCCUUGUCUGCCAACUGCCGUCGCGAGGUGAGCCUUACAGAUGCUCUCCGUAAACCCAUCAUCCCGCUCCUAAUGCAGCGGAUGACGUGGCCCCCUGAGGGCCCAAUGAGUAUGCCCUUUGCCCAGCUCCUCUAUAUCGAUUGUACCGGUGAGUCCACCCAGAAAGAGUUCAGGGAUGCCAAAUUUGACGAGCUGGUGCAAAAGCUUAAAGAGCACGCAACUGUCGAGGAUGCGGUAUUCCAAAGUGCGUCACCUAGCGACACUGAGAAACCUGAGAUAGAGGAGGCAAAACAAGUAGAAGAGAAGAGUCCGAGUCCGCCAGCUGCUGAAAAUACCAAAACACCGGAAGCAGAGGAGAAAGAGGAGCCUGCUCAACAGAACGAACCGCCAAAAGAAGAUGCCAUAGAAGAUCAAAAGCUGCAACCAAUCAGCACCGAGGACCCAGCAAAGUUCGCAGGGUCCACGGUACAUCAACAGACCCAACCACCAAAAGAAGAUACUGAGGAAGAUCAAAAGCUGGAACCAAUGAGCACCGAGGACCCAGCAAAGUUUGCAGGGUCCACGGUACCAGAAGCGAGACCUCAGUCAGAGAUGGGUCCUAAGCAUGUCGAGGUUAUCCAGCCGGAACGGAGUGCCUCUGCCCCGAAGGAAAGAGCAAGACCUGAUUCGCCAAAGAAGAAAAAGAAAUCAUCCGUGUGUGCAAUACUUUAGAUUAAACAGUUUUUGCGUACACAUGUACGUUAUAAGAAAUACUAUCACAAUAUAAUACAAAUAUUUAAAUGAACAUUAUAUGUUUUGCCCUCACCGACGCAUAAACACUGUGUACUCAGUGUUAUGCCUCUCGAGUGAAAGUUGGAAAUUUCACUCGAGCGGGACUCGAACC